AAAGCCUUUUUAUCUGCCGGCAAUCGACACCACAUCUGGCGCCAGCUCGCGCAGUCCAAACAGCCCAUAUAUUACCAGCGCGCGCUUUAGCUUUCGCCGCGCCCGUGCCCGCAGCGCCAAAAAGCGCGCCAGUGACCAAAAGCCGCCAAUCGAGCACGCCGUCGACGCGACAGCAGCAACCAUGAGCGGCCGCACGCAGCUCUGGGUCGAGAAGUACCGCCCCACGCGCAUCGACGACCUCGCGUCGCAAGAAGAAGUGACCAAAACCCUGAGGGGCGCCAUCGCCCAGGGCCAGCUGCCUCAUUUGCUGAUGUACGGCCCGCCGGGCACGGGCAAGACCUCCACCAUCUUAGCCGUAGCGAGAACCUUGUACCACCCCUCCGUACUGAAGGAUCGCGUGCUGGAGAUGAACGCCUCGGACGAGCGCGGCAUAAAAAUCGUGCGAGACAAAAUUAAGAACUUCGCCUCCCACAGUGUGAGUUCGCAAAAGUUUGAUGGGUAUCCCUCACCUCCUUUCAAGAUCAUCAUUCUCGACGAGUGCGACAGCAUGACGAAGGACGCGCAAGGCGCCCUACGGCGUACCAUGGAGGUCUACUCGUCGACGACGCGCUUCUGCCUGAUCUGUAAUUAUGUGAGUCGCAUCAUCGAGCCCCUGGUGUCGCGUUGUGCUAAAUUAAGGUUCUCACCUUUAGGAAGAGACGCGAUGCAGAAGCGUCUGCUCGAUAUCGCUUCGGCGCAAGACGUGAAUUAUGAUGCGACAAUCUAUGAUCAGAUCCUAGAUCGUUCAGGAGGCGACAUGAGAAGAGCUGUGACGUUACUACAGUCGUGCCACACGUUCUACGGCGACAAGACGCCGAACGUCGAGGAAUUAAGUGGUGGUGUCCCGGCCUCCUUAAUAGAGCCGCUCUGGACCGCCGUCAAGGCGAACAACCUGACGGAGAUGUCGCGGUUGAUCGAUUCCUUGACCCUGGAAGGCUAUUCGGCCGCGACGUGCUUCUCCGAACUGCACGACAUCGUCCUCAAAGACGCGGCGGUCACGGACGCGCAGAAGGCGACCUUCUUCGAGGCCGUCGCGGCCGCGGACAAGUGCCUCGCCGACGGCGCGAACGACCACCUCCAGCUGCAGACGGUCUGCGCGGUGCUCUGCCACUGAGUCGCGUAGGUAGGGUACAUACAUUC